UGGCCGUACGCGGCGAGUGUAUUUGCGGCAUCAUUGCGCACUAAGCGCCAGCGAUACGCAGCCGGGAAACCGAUUUAAAUUGCCAGCGCAGCGCGCCGGAAGCCAUCGCUGCGAUGGAAAAUUCAAAUCCGGCACUGCCGGAGAGUGACCCUAGCCCGCCCUCGCCAAGCGCGCCGUCCAGCGCGCCGCCCGCGCCGCCCGCGGCACCGGACGGCUCGCAACCAAUUGCCGCGCCGGCGCCGGCGCCGCCAACGGUAACGCAAGAAAAUGCCCCGACGGCGACCGAGGCGCCCGCGGCGCCGCCCGCGGUGACGCAGCCGCCGCCUACGCAACAACAACCCGUCGACGACCUCUUCGCUGAUGAUGAUGACGACGACGACGUCGCGCCCGCGGCGUCGCCGGGCAAGCUCUUUGAUGAUGACGACGACGAGGACAUGGCCGACGCGGCCGACGAGGAGGAAGAGGAGGAGGCGUACGAGGACGACGGCGACGCCGAGGACGACGAGGAGGACGAGGACGAGGACUCGCAGGCCGAGGACGACGAGGCGUUGGCGCGGCGGCUCCAGCGCGAGUGGGAGGAGGAGGACAACCGGCCGCGGAGGAACCGGAGGGCGAGAAGGUACGACUCGUCGGAGUCGCCGUCACCACCUAGAAAAAGGCGCGCGCCGCCCAAGAAGGAGCGGUCUAGUCGUCGAGCCGCGGCGCAGAAGUCGUACGUCGAAGUUGGAAGUAGUGCGGAGGACGAGUCCGACAUCGACGUCGGGAGCGACGGCUCGCCCCGCGCGAGGGGCGACACCUACGGCACGAAGAAGGGUCGUAGGUCCCCGCCGCCGACGGAUAGUAAGGAGGGCAUCGAACGGCUCUUGUGCCAGGAAACGCUGACGAAGAAGGAGUGGCGGCCGAUCCUCGAGAAGAUGCGCACGAAGCACGUCUUCCACGGCUCGGCCAUGGAUGUUCCUGAUGGAGGCGAGGCGCUCCCGGAGGACGAGGACCUGCCCAUCACGCGGUACUUGGUCAAGUGGAAGCAGUUCUCGUUCCUGCACGUGUCCUGGGAGACGAAAAGAGAUUUGGAGUCCAUAGAUCAAAAAGCUUGUCAAAGGGCGAUCAUGUCGUUGCAAGGUCGAGAAAGGAAGGGCCAGGUCCCGGAGAUCGGCAAGCCGCCCUGUGCUAAAAGGGCCUUUGAUCCCCAGAUGGUCGAGGUGGUUUGUAGCCGGCGUCCUUUGUAACUGAGCGUCGUCGCGCCAUCGACGCGCCACGAGCGAGAGUGGCACCUCGCGUCGCGUCGACCGGUGCGUCGCAUCGAUGGCGUGGAGGCGUCGCAUCGAUGGCGUAGAGAGGUCGCAGUCGCCUAGCCGCCCUCGAGAGUACACGCCGCCGCCGCGACCCUCACUCCACACGCACGCAGGAGCGCGUCCUCGAGCUGCCCGGCCUGGUUGGGGGCGAGGCCGGCGAGAAGCGCCUCGCGUUGAAUCUACCGCCUCCCGACCUCGAGGAGGACGGCAUCAUGGAGGGCGAGGAGAAUAACUACGAGGAGCAGGCGGCCGCGAGCGGCGUCGACCUCGACGACGCCGCGGCGCGGCGCAAGUUCGCGGCGGAGCAGUACGAAUCGGCGCUCAAGGAGACCGAGGCCCAGGGCGAGGCUCGGAGGAAGGCUGUCGCUGAUGCGGUAGCUCUAUGUGCGGCCACGGUCGCUCCGCCCGACGCGGAAGACGUACUAGUGAAGUGGACGGGUCUGGGCUACGACGAAGCUUCUAGAGAAAGGUGGUCCGACGUGCUGGAGGCGUGUGCCGACCGGGAAGACCUAGAUGCGAGAGUUGUUGCUUGUGCGAGACGCUUUGCGUCGAAGCCCACUCGCAGUCAAGCGUCGGCACGAGCCGCCCAGGACAAGGCCUCGGUCAAGGCCGUGAAGCGGGCCGUACCAUUAGCACCUUAUAGAGGAGGUCCUCUGCACUUGCGCCCUUAUCAGAUCGACGGCGUGGCUUGGCUGGCCUUUAACUACUUGCAGAAGCGGUCGUCCAUCUUGGCGGACGAGAUGGGCCUCGGGAAGACCGUGCAAACGGUAUCAUUAGUACGAAUGGCCAAGGAGCGCUACGGCGCGCAAGGCCCUGCAUUGGUAGUGGCACCCCUGUCGACGUUAGCCCACUGGCAGCGAGAAUUUGAACAUUGGUCCGCGUUAGAUGUCAUGGUCUACCACGGGAGCCAAGCUUCUCGUCUAGAGGCGAGAAAUUUGGACCUCAUGGCGCGCAAAACGGCCGCGAAGAGAAACCCCAAGGUAAAGACGCCAAAGACUCCUUCGGUGGAUGUGGUCGUGACGACCUACGAACAACUACUGUUGGAGGACUCCGCCAACGCUCUUGGUGCUAUAUCCUGGAGUCUGUUGGUCGUCGACGAGGCUCACAGACUGAAGAACCCACACUCUAGACUGUACAGAACUCUACACGGCGACAACGGCACGUUCAAGGCCAUAUCUCGGUUGUUGUUGACGGGGACACCUUUACAAAAUAACAUGACGGAGCUCUGGUCCUUAUUAUCUUUUUGCGACGAAAAACAAUUUGGCGAGGAUUCUGAGGAAUUUGUCGAGAAGUACGCGCGCGUUCCCGGCGUCUUUCUUUCGACUUAAUACCCCCCGGCGCGGCGGCCGAUGGCGUACAUGUGGCGCGAGGCGCGGCCGGGAAGCGGCACGGCCUCCCGCGACGCUGUCGCCGCGGCGCCCCGUGAGUCGCACGCUCGACCACGCAGAUCGCAGUCACACACGUAAUACGCAGGUCCUGCGCCCACGAAGCGCCCGCGGAAGGCCUGGCCGUGCAAGAAAAAGAUGAGGAUGCCGAGGACGACGGCUCCGUCCUCAGCUCACUACUCGACGAGAUGCGCCCCUACGUGUUAAGAAGGGUCAAGGCCCACGUCGAAAAGUCCGUGCCGCCGAAGGAGGAAAUUGUGGUCUCCGUAGCGUUGGCCCCGCUCCAAAAAAGGUACUACAGAGCGCUCUACGAAAAAAACGUCCUCAUGCUCGCGGGCACGGGCCGGCCCGUCGACGGCCCGAGCCUCAUGAACCUGGCCAUGGAGCUGCGGAAGUGCUGCAACCAUCCCUUUCUCCUGAAGGGCGUCGAGAGACAAGAGGAAGCGAGGUUGUCGGGCCAGACGGAAAGAGAAAGACUGGUAGGCGCGUGCGGGAAAUUGCAGUUCCUCGACAAACUCCUCCCGAGACUCUUCCAGGAAAGUAACAGGAAAGUUUUGAUAUUCUCGCAGUUCGUCAUGAUGCUGGAUGUGUUGAGUGAUUACCUGAGGAGUGCGAAGUACGCGCACGGUCGCGUGGAUGGUGGCGUCACGGGCCGAGACCGGCAGAAGCAGAUCGACCAGUUCGCGCAACAAGGCGAGGGUGCCGUGCGCGUCAUGCUCCUCUCCACAAGAGCGGGCGGCGUGGGCAUCAAUUUGGUGGCGGCGGACACGGUCGUCGUCUACGACUCGGACUGGAACCCGCAAAAUGAUGUGCAGGCCAUGGCGCGGUGCCACCGCAUCGGCCAGACGCGGAAGGUCACGGUCUACCGGUUGCUGACGGCGGGCACUUACGAGGCGCACAUGUACGCGGUCGCGACGGCGAAGCUCUCGUUGGAUCGAGCCGUGCUAGAUGGGAUGGCGUCGGCCAAUGCUGGUAAUAGGCACUUGCAUGAAUCACUACUCAAACAAGGUGCUGGUGCCGUCUCAUUUAAACCGCAUGCGGUGAAUAAAGAAUUGGAUGGUGAUGAUGAUGAGGACGCGAAGGCCUUCCGCGACCAGUCUUUAGAUGAUAUCCUCGCGACGCGCUCGAAGGCCGUGGUGUUGGCUUCUGACACUUCCGGUGGUGCCCUGGAGUCGUUAUCCUCAGCAACCUUCGUCGCGAGCAAGGAGGAGGACAAGAUCGCUCUUGAUGAUCCCGACUUCUGGUCCGUGACUCAGCGUCCGUUUCCGAAGUUUUCUGAACUUCAACUUUGUGAAGAUGGCGUCUCCACGAUAUCACGCCACCGCGACGCCGUCGCUGCGGCCGUCAGAGAGCCUACGCGUCUCGCGCGGGAGCCGCGGCAACGGUGUCGGUGCCGCGCAGGGAGAAGACCCUGGGCAAGGAUGCUCUCAAGCAGAAGAAGGAGAUUGUGGAUACUACCCAGAGGAAAGCAAAACAAGGAGAUAAAGAAUACGUCCACAACUACGGUCCCGUCGAUCGCGUGAAGAAGAGACAGCGCGACGCGGACUACUACGAGGACGUCCCCGAAGAUAAAAAAGAACAACAUCCGUACGACUGGGGCAAGACGCAGGCUCGGGAGUUGCGGCUCGUGCUGCCGAAAAGGCCUAUCGGGAUGGACCCGUCUCGCUUCGUCCGCGGCUACUGUUCGCUCGAGCGGAGGCCGGAACCGAAAGAUGCCAUCUCGGCGGCGCACGACGCUCUCGCGUCCUACGGUCGCGCCAUGGCUCGCGAGAGACAUCAUGUUGCUCAAGAACGAGGUGACGACACGUCGUCGUGGCGGCGGAUGAAGUCCGGAGGCCAUAUCGACCAGGACUGGGUCUCGAAGCUCAUCACUCGUAAUCGAGCUUUGAAGAGCUCGUUGACGGCCAUCGUCAAGCGCGAGGCGCCCGAUAGAAGUAUUGACCUCGAGACGCUGAUCGCGGCGUUCUACGGCGCGACGAACACGCCUGGUUACAUGCCGUGUCCUUGAAUCUGGCGCCGCCCACACGCCGUCGCCGCGACGCGGCACACGCGUCCGUCGCGUCGCGUCGUCGCGUCGAUGGGACGGACCGCCAUGAGCACGCCGUCACCGCUCUGUACAACGCAGGCUACCUCGGCGCGAACGUCUGCGCCCAGAACGACGAUAGGGACGGCAGCAACCGCUGCAAGAAGAUUCUGGAAGCGGCCAAUGAUCUCGAAGUGUCUCGGGUUUUGCUAGAUAAGGCCCUGAAGGCCCUUGGAGAGAACCCCUCCACGGAUCAAAUACGUUCAGCAUUAGGUAUGGAGAAUAUCGCCGUCUCUUCUCGACCGGCGCCCUGGUGGGACGCGCGCCACGACCUGUGUCUGCUGAAGGGCGUCCUCGAGCACGGUCCCCUGGCGUCGGAGAAAGUACGGGAGGCUAUAUUGGAAGAUCAAGCUCUAGAUUGGCCGUCGGACAUGCCCCAGCCUCCACCGAAGCCGCCGGCCUGGCUCUCGCCGGCCGCGGAAGCGCCGGCGCCCGCGCCGGCGAACGGCGACGCGAACGGCAAGAAGAAGCCCGCGGCCAAGAAGCCGGAGAAGAAGCUGCCGCACCUGCCCGUUUGUCGUCGGUGUCCCUUCUACGCCAUCGCCGCGCCGCUGCCGCGACGCUAUCGCCACGCCAUCGGCGCGUGGCCCUCGCCGCGCGUCGCCGUCGCCGCGACCCACCAUCACCGAUUCAAUCCACGCAGGACCGCACCAAAUUAAACGCGCGCCACCUCGCGCUCGUACGGGCCGCGACCGGCGCUGCUGUAGAAGAACCCGCGAAGAAACGGAAAGCGCCAAGGCCGAAGAAGGAGAAGGGGCCCGUCGACCCGGCGCCGAAGCGCCAGAAGGCCUCAGCUUCCAAACCUACCGGAAAGCCCGUCGAGGUGAUUGAUGUAGAUCAACCGAUCCCGAAGAAGAAGACGACGGCCGAGAAGCCGAAGAAGCAGGCGACGAUGACGUCCUUUUUUGGCUCGAAGAAGAAGACGGAGGAGAACAAGUUCCCGGGCUGGGGCCAAAAGCCGCCGGAGGAGGAGACGCUCGACGACCUGCGCGCGAAGGCGCGGGCGCGGCAGGAGAACAACACGGCCAGCGACGAGGCCAUCGCGCGGUCGCUCGAGGAGGAGGACUAGUUCUAGCUUAGGUAUAUAUUCUAUGUGAAUUUAUUUAGAAAAA